CACAUCUCUUUAUACUUGGCAAUAGCAGCUACCAAUGAUCUUCCACUUGGGUGGGAGGUUAACACGGACAUAAAAUUCUUUGUGUUUGAUCAAAUUCGAGACAAGUACCUUAGUAUUCAAGAUGGAAAUGGGAGAGUAGUAAGACGCUUUCAUAAAUUGAAGACUGAAUGGGGAAUCGUCCAAUUGCUUUCCCAUGAUACUCUCAAUGAUUCAUCAAAUGGAUAUCUUGUUGAUGACACUUGUGUCUUUGGGGUGGAAGUUUUUGUUAUUAAAUGUCCUUUUAAAGGAGAGUGCUUGUCGAUGAUAAAUGAGCCUCAAGGUUAUUAUUUCACUUGGAGGAUUGACAAGUUUAUGACCUCGAAAGACAAAGUUUAUUUGUCUGAGCAAUUCACUGUUGAAGGGAGAAAAUGGAAGUUGUUUCAAUAUUCGCAGCUAGGAGGAAAAGAAUUAGACACAUGGUUGGGUCUUUAUUUGACGUUAUGUAAUCCAGAAAGUCUUUCACUCAACAGAAAAGUAUACGUCAAAUACAAGCUGCGAAUAAGGGACCAAAUCAAUAGCAAUCAUCUUGAAAAUACAGUUGAAAACUGGUUCUCUGAUACCAAGAUCGCUGGUUGCCCCAAAUUUGUGUCAAUGAGAGAGCUACAGGACACAUCAAAAGGCUACUUGGUGGGUGAUGUUUUGUUCAUUGAAUGCAAAAUUGAUGUCAUAUCCGUUGUUAAGGAUUUCUCCUCAAAAUAA